UAUAUAUCAUUACCGUAGUCCCUCUCUCUCAAAUCAAAAUAUUUCUCCACCUUUCUCUCAUUUCCUUACUCUCUCUUUCUCAAAUCAAAAGUCGAAAUAGCAGAGUGUAUCUUGCAUUGCGGGAGCAAUUCGAACCAGAGAUUGACUUCACAAGCUUUCUUUCUCUCUCCAAAAGCUUAUCUGUUAUGAUGGGUUAUUCUGUGUAUUCAAGCUCAGACAAUCCAAUGCUCCGCUAAAAAUAGAAGGGACUGGAUUUUUUAAUUUUCACCUUCAAGAGUUUUGGAUUGGAUGCAUUUUUUUUACCUUUGGCUAUGGAGAGAUGAUUUUGCUUAAUUACAAACAUGGGUGCAAGUAAGAAACUAAAAAUGGCAACCCCAUUAGGGCCAUUACUCCUUCAACUCUUCCUCCUCAUCCUGCUCUUAAUCUCAAUCCACCAAUCACACCCAGCCACUGCAUCCACAAUCCAUCUCCCAUUCUCCAUAUACCCUUACUCACUAUCAGUCACUGACUUCGGAGCCACCGGUGACGGCCUCCACUACGACACAGCUGCCAUCCAAUCUGCCAUCAAAGCCUGCCCCACCUUCCACCACACCCAAUGCCACGUCACGUUCCCUCCCGGAACCUACCUCACCAGAACUUUGUUCCUCAAAUCCGGUGUUGUGUUGGACAUCAAAGAAAACGCAACCUUGCUGGGUUGUACAAAAAUGGAGGACUACCCAAAAGAAUUGCAGGAAUGGUACGUGGUGGUGGCGGAGAACGCAAGUGAUGUGGGGAUCACCGGUGGAGGCAUGGUGGAUGGACAUGGUUUGGGUUUCGUGAAGAGGUUUAAUGAGAGGAAGAACGUGAUGGUGAGUUGGAACACCACUGGAGCUUGUUUAGGAGAUGAGUGUAGACCCAGGCUUGUUGGUUUCAUUGACUGUAAGAAUGUUAGGGUUUGGAAUAUCACACUCACAGAGCCUGCUUAUUGGUGCUUGCAUAUAGUACGGUGUGAAAACACAUCAAUUCAUGAUGUUUCGAUUUAUGGAAACUUCAAUACACCUAACAAUGAUGGGAUUGAUAUAGAGGAUUCAAAUAAUACAGUCAUUACAAGGUGUCACAUCGAUACUGGAGAUGAUGCUAUCUGUCCAAAGACAUACACUGGCCCUCUUUAUAACUUGACUGUGACAAACUGUUGGAUUCGAACAAAAUCUUCAGCAAUCAAACUUGGUAGUGCAAGUUCAUUCGAUUUCAAGGGUCUAAUAUUUGACAAUAUCACAAUUGUAGAGUCUCAUAGAGGGCUGGGAUUGCAGAUACGUGAUGGAGGAAAUGUAAGCGACAUUACCUUCUCAAACAUAAACAUAAGCACAAGAUACUAUGACCCUUUAUGGUGGGGAAGAGCGGAGCCUAUAUAUGUGACAACAUGCCCAAGGGACUCCAGUGCAAAGGAGGGUUCAAUCUCAAAUGUAGUUUUUAUUAACAUCACUGCAAAUUCUGAAAAUGGUGUGUUCUUAUCAGGUUCUAAACAUGGGCUACUAAGCAAUUUGAGAUUCAUAAAUGUGAACCUGACUUACAGAAGAUGGACAAAUUAUUCUGGUGGAUUGAUAGAUUACAGACCAGGAUGCCAAGGACUUGUUAAUCACAGCAUUGCUGGGAUCAUCAUGGAACACAUUGAAGGUUUGGAGGUUGAAAAUGUUAACAUGAGAUGGUCUGAUCACCCAUUUGGACACUGGAACAAUCCUCUUGAUUUCAAGCCUUCAACUGUAAAUAAUAUUUCUUUGUUUAAUUUUCGUUCAAGUUUGUACAUAAAAUGAUAGUGGCAUCCUUGAGCGUGGUUUUGAAAUUUGGAUUGUUUAAAGAACUGGAAUAGGGAGAGGUUCAAGGAUUUUGAAGUCGGAUCGAGAUUCAACUGAGGUAAAACUGUUAUGUGUCAUUUAAUUUUUUACUGGUUUUUAUACCUAAAUUGUAUUUAUAUGUUAUUCCUUAUCAAUAAAAUGCAUGUGGCCCAAUGGUUUGGGCUUUGGAAAUGCUUAUUUGCCUGUUA